CUAAAAACAAAUAAAAAAAUUACAAAAAAUAGUUUUUGCUGCUAUAAAACUAUAAAUUAUCUUCUGUUUCUUCUUUUUUGGGUUUCUCAAGCCAUUCUUUCUCUUCCCUGUCUCUCUCUAAAAACCUUUUCUCUCUCUCCUCUCGCAUACAUCACUCCCUUCGCCGCCGGUGACCGCUCGUUCGCCGGCGAACGAAUUCCGAGAAAUCAUUGUCUCCGUCUUUGUCAUUGAUUCGUUUUGGUUUUGUGUUGAGCCGAGUUGGUGACUUGGUUGGUGGAAUCGGUCCGAUCCUCGAGUUUCGCAGUGGUUCGUGAGAAUGUGGUGAGCGUGGAGGCUUGUUUGGGAUCGUUCAUGGCCGACACUUUGCCCUAGGGUUUGGUUCUCGGCGGUUGGAUACGGUUGGUGCUGUUUGCGCUUUUUUUUUUUUGGUUCAAGAAGACGGAGACAUCCAGAGAAAGACUUCGGAAUGAAAUGGUGGAAGGUAGGGUUUGUAUGUCUCGAGAGGCCAAAUUAGAAUUUCUGAAGCGUAAAAGGCUUCAGCGUAUUAAACGUGAGAAUUUGACCAACACUGUAUGUGUCACUAACAUGAUGACUAGAAGUGGAGGAGAUGCUUUAAGAGCUUCGGCAUCAUGUGGUGUGAGAUUACAUGGUAAUGCGGAUACAUUUUCUCAAUCUGGAGGUGCUACAGAUGGGAAGGAUGCCUUUUCAAAGCGCAAGGUUGCUAAGUUUGACUUAAAUGAUCUUGAAUGGACUGAAAAAAUUCCCGAGUGUCCUGUUUACUGUCCAAGUAAAGAGGAGUUUGAAGAUCCUUUGGUUUAUCUGCAAAAGAUAGCUCCAGAAGCUUCCAGAUAUGGUAUAUGCAAGAUUGUUUCCCCUUUGAGUGCUUCUGUUCCUGCUGGUGUAGUGUUGAUGAAAGAGAAAGUAGGUUUUAAGUUUACAUCUCGAGUACAACCCCUUCGUCUUGCUGAAUGGGAUACUAACGACAAGGUCACCUUUUUCAUGAGUGGGAGAAAUUACACAUUUCGUGAUUUCGAGAAAAUGGCGAACAAGGUUUUUGCUCGUAGAUACUGUAGUGCUGGAAGUCUUCCUGGCACAUACAUGGAAAAAGAGUUUUGGCAUGAAAUAGCUUGUGGAAAGAUAGAAAGUGUUGAAUAUGCUUGUGAUGUUGAUGGUAGUGCCUUUUCAUCUUCUCCCAAUGAUCAGCUUGGAAAAAGCAAAUGGAAUUUAAAGAAGCUGUCUCAGCUUCCCAAGUCUAUAUUACGUCUUCUAGAAACCACAAUUCCGGGAGUUACUGAACCAAUGCUUUACAUUGGAAUGCUAUUUAGUACGUUUGCUUGGCAUGUGGAGGAUCACUACUUGUUUAGUAUCAACUAUCAUCAUUGUGGGGCGACAAAAACUUGGUAUGGUGUUCCUGGUCAUGCAGCUUUAGGUUUUGAAAAGGUUGUUCGGGAGAAUGUUUAUACUCAUGAUAUACUAGCAACUGAUGGAGAGGAUGGGGCAUUUGAUGUCCUUCUGGGGAAAACAACUUUGUUUCCUCCAAAUAUUUUGCUAGAACAUGAUGUCCCUGUCUACAAGGCUGUGCAAAAGCCUGGGGAAUUUGUAAUAACUUUCCCUAGAGCAUAUCAUGCAGGAUUCAGUCAUGGUUUUAAUUGUGGUGAAGCAGUAAACUUUGCGAUUGGUGAUUGGUUCCCUUUGGGGUCAAUUGCUAGCCGACGUUAUGCCCUUCUUAACCGGAUACCUCUCCUUCCUCAUGAGGAACUCCUUUGCAAAGAAGCAAUGCUGCUUCACAUGAGUUUGGAAAUUAGAGAUCCAGACUAUUCAUCUGCAGACUUGAACUGUCACCGUAGCAUUAAGGUUUCUUAUGUUAAUUUGAUGAGAUUCCAGCACCGUGCUCGUUGGUGUUUAAUGAAAACAAGGACAUACACUGGUGUUUCUCCAAUUUCCCAUGGAACUAUUCUCUGCAGUCUAUGCAAACGUGAUUGCUAUGUAGCGUACCUUAAUUGCAAGUGUUGCUUGCAUCCCGUAUGCCUUCGCCAUGAGAUUAAGUUGUUUGACUUCCCUUGUGGUGGCGAUCAUACGCUGUGUUUGAGGGAAGAUAUUUUUGAUAUGGAAGCUGUAGCCAAGAAAUUUGAGCAGGAAGAGGAUAUAUUGACAGAGUCUCAACAACAAUGUAGAAGUGGUGAUGACUCGUUUCUUCUAUUAAACAAGUUCCCAACUGCUGAAGAUGAUGGAUACACUCCUUAUUGCAAAAUAAACUUUGAUCUGAUUCCAGAGAUUGUCAAAACACAGAAUCAGAUCCAACAGCCAGUGCUUGGUUCUCACAGCUGGACUAUGUUGAGUGUUGGUGCAGAAAAUUUAGGAACUGAAGCAUCGGAUGCUUCUCUUUCUUCUGCUGCACCAACACUUCAUUCUUUUCCUGAGCCAGCGGCAAACAUUUCUGCACCUAACAAUGGACAGGGUUAUGCUAACUUCAGUGUAGGAGAUCUUGAAUCUAAAAAGUUUUCUGAAGAUAUACCUCGCAAUAUUGAAUCUUUACAAUCUUCUACCAGUGAUGCAUACUUGGGCACCCGUCAAUGUAAUCUUCGAGGGUUAGAUGUUAGGCCUGUUCUAGAUCAGGUCAGUGAUGAGUCUGAUUCAGAGAUAUUCAGGGUUAAACGUCGUUCUUAUGUGAAAGUGGAACAAAGAAAUGUGAAUGAUACCAUCUCUCCAAACCUUGAACAUCAGGGACUUAAGCGAUUAAAGAAACUCCAACCCGAGGGAAGAUGUGGGCAAUUGAGGUCGGCAGAGUGUUCAACAGCUGAUGAUUUAAUCCGUCAUAAAGAAACUUCGGAUGGUGCUUUGAGGGGGGAUAGGUUUGCCAGAGGAACGACCGUUCCCAUCUCAAGUAAGUUUAAGAGGAUGGUCAAUGAGGAAGCAGCAAGUAGACACAGAGAACACCACAGAGAUAAUAGGCUCGACCAUGACUUGGGAAGGCCGAUGAGAGAUCCACCCCCUGUAGAGAUUGGACCAAAGCGGUUUAAAGUCAGAGGCCCAUCAAUUCUAGGGUUGGAUUGAAUACUGGGGGUUCUAACAACACGAUAAAACUGAAAAAUUUGAUUCGGGGAGUAGCGACAAAGAUUAACCAAGCUUAGAUGACUAAAAUUGAUUUUUUUUGUGCAGGCCUCAAAUUGGGGCAAUUCACACGAUGGGUGAUUCUUGGGGUUCUCAGGGCCGGGAUGUUUUCGGUCUUUUGCCAGGAGAACCUUCCUGCAAGCCAGAAGCUAGGGUUUAGGGUUAGGGACUACGAUGUAAAUUCGUUUUAUUAACAGUCAAAUUAAUUUGUUAAGAGGUGAAGUGGGGUAUUCCCACUGCCCUUUUAUUUUAAUUUCUUAGUCUGCAGCUUCCCUUGCUAGGGAUCUUUAUUAUUUUUUUGUAGCAAUGGUGGCAUUUUUUGUUCCUUGGACUAUUUCAAUAAAAUUCAGGGAAAUUUCUCACUU